AUGAACAGCCUGUCGCAGCCAUCCACUUCUCUACCAUCGUCUGCCUCUCAGAACAUCAAGGAUGGCCUCCGUCUUGCCCAACGGCUCUCACAGAGACAUCUGGACAUUGUCUCUCUGCCUCAGGAGCUCUAUCCUGCAUCUGCCACAUACCCACGAGAUGAGGCUCGCGUGGACCGGAUCAACCACGCAGUCGCAUACGCAAUGACCUUGACCGAGGGCGACCCGACUCAUCCGAAGUGGGGUUAUGUCUCCCGGCUUAUGCACCUGGCGUGUACGAGCAGGGGCUACGUAGGGGCUGCGCCCGGUGUAAGGGUUGGUGACAAGCGCAAGUUCGAGGUUGAAGACGUUGAGUGGAUACUUCCCGAGACGGUGGACGAGUGGCGGGACUAUGAAAGAAAAUGGGGCCAUAAAUUCCGCAGAUCCACCCUGGACGCCGGUAGCGUGUCAAAGUACUGGAGAGUCGUUCCAGGACGCGAUGAGAGACAAGACUCGACAAAGGUUGUGCCUCCAGUGAGCAAGGCUGAGAUAAUCAGAGAGAAGGUGACCAUUUGGCAAGCAGCCGUCCUCCCUGCGGGGGACGACAUUUCGACUUCCAAGGGAUCCACAGAAACACCUAUCACAAAGGUAGACAAGGGGAAAGGGAAGGCAAGGGACCUCGAUCCGCCAAUGCAAGGCGACAGAGCUCAGAGACCAUUAACAUUCACCGUUGUCAAGCGCUCUGCCGAUAUGACCAGCAAGGGUAAGAAUGUGGCCACAGAUCCGCCCAAAAUGUCGUGGAAAGCUCGAUCCCCCAUGGUCAGAGCCUUGCCUGCGCCGGCUUCUGCGAUUGUUCACAAGGACAACCCCGCGUGUGACGGCGCAUCUACAUCAUAUCUCGGUAAAACACCGGCGGCCAUAAAGUUGCGAACCACUGUCGCACCUACAGAGGUCCAGUCGGCGAAUGUCGGGAAAUCCCCCUCGCCGGCACCUGAACCAUGCGCAGUUGUUGAAGAACCAGUAUCAUCUACCUCACAUCCAGAGUCAUCGGGUCACAUCAAGAUCGCAGAACUGUCGGAGAUGUCAUUCAUGCCACCGUCAUUCCCACCCCAGCUACAAACGUCCACUCCUCAGCGGGUCGAUGUCCCAACGGCAGUCAAGCCGCGACACAAGCCCUCGCCCAUUGUGCUACGUUCAUAUCCUUCCUCUCCUCUAUCCUCGCCACCUCCGACACAGAAUGUGCCUCUGGAUGUACGCUCCUUUAGCGUGCCUCCCUUUAGUCCGACGAGGAAGGCCACGAAACGGCGCAUUUCAGAUGCUGCAUCGCCGAAAGAUGCAGUACAGGGUGAAGCUGACAUCUCGUCACAGGAGAUUUUCUAUGAGGCGCCUUCCAAAAAGAGGCCUCGCGUUACUCCCGAGACCAAGUCGGGCACUCCGCCGCCAUUAUCAACCCCUCCACGAGAGACUACCGCGAUAGUUGACGAGCCACUGAGACCGUCGACCCCUGCCAACAAUAAUGAGCCGAGUCGCCACAUUGCGUCCGCUGCCUUGCUCGAUGGUGAACCGGCGGCGCGGCCGACCACUCCAAUCGGCACGAAGGUACCGGUGGACGUGUCUACCUCCUUGCCAGCGGGUGGGCCAGUUGCUGGGCCAUCGACUCCCGUUAACGCCAGAGGACUUGGUAAUGCGAAGGGAUUACCUGUCCCUACCACUCCUACUCGGAAAGCAUUACCUACGUUGACAGAGUUGUUAGCAUCAUCAAGGCGUUCGAAACCUCGUCCACGUCCUCCUUCACGUAAGACGGUGAACCAGCCUCAAGGGAAUGCUAGCGUGCAAGGAGAGAAUGCUCCCGAAUCAGCGAAUGUCCAUGUAAGCGACGAGUCUAGAGAGCCAUCACCCGCACCCACAAGGACAUAUUUUUCAUCCCCCGCGUCCGCCUCUCCUGAAUCACCAGCGAACAUUCGCUACCGUCCCCGUUCGCCGGUCUCCCCAUUAUUCACGCAGAAUCUUUCGGCGUUCGCGCCUCCUUUCAUCUCCUCACAGCCCUUCAGCGCUCGACAUGGCGACCUCAUCAGUACAGGAAGCUUCGUGGGCGGGCAGGGCCAGCAAAGUGGGCAAGGAAGCAGCAACGUUUUUGCGAUGCAGUAUAACUCGCAGUUCGAUGUGGAAGGGCAGGUGGACCGGGUGAGCGAGCUGCUCGAUCGUGACGUCGACUUUGGUGGGUGGCUUCGCGAUAUCCCGGAGGAAGAGGGAGAGAACCAGCCGCUGACGAAAAGCCAGGACGAGGUCGUUGGAUUCUAA